CUCCUUCUAGAAAGUAGAAACUCUCUGCACUGCGACUAUCUUCUUCUUCUUCUUCUUCUUCUUCUUCUUCUUCUUCUUCUUCUUCUUCCUUUAUUUCUGUAUUUUGAUUUCAGAGGUUAUAAAUGGUGUCAUCGGAGGGAUUAGCAAGCGUGGAACCUUGGUUAUAUCGACAAGGUUUCAACGUGGAUUCAUGGCUGCUUCCUGAUACUUUCUCUCACGAUAGCAAUUUGUUAGCCAAAGCUCUCCAUUCCACUGUCUCACCACUUCCUCCUCCUCACACUCUCUCUCCCUCCUCUGCUUUCUUCGAUUCUCAAUCUCACCCUUCCUCUACUCACACCCUCUCCUCCUCCGCCGGAUCCGAUCCAGAUAUCAUCGGCGGCGGCGGCGGCGGCGGCGGCGGAGCUAAACGGAAACGUAGUCCUGUUUCCGAAGGUAAAGCCACAACGAAGCGCCGAUCUCGCGCUUCCAAAAAAUCUCAGACCACUUUCAUCACGGCGGAUCCGUCUAAUUUUCGGCAGAUGGUUCAGCAAGUGACCGGCGCCAAGUUCAUCGGCGAUUCUUCCUCCGUGAUUUUCGCUCCGCUCGUUAAGCCGGAGCCGCAUCGGCUCGUUAAUCGACUUCCGUGUGUGUCAUCGGAGAAAUCCACGGCGGUUCCGACGCUCGAUACAUCGGCAUUUUUGUCUAACCAUCACCAAGAUAACCUCUCGGUGGGAAACAACUUUUCCGGUAGCGCCGCCGUAGGAUUACCUCCGUCGAAGACUAGAGCAACGGCGGACACGGGUGGCUCCGCCGCAGAGAUUGAUACUUACCCGAAUUUCCCGACGCUUGAAUCGUGGAAAGUUAUGUGAUUCGUUUUUAAUCCUUUGAUGUAAUCUUUUAACUUUUACUCCCAUUUUGAAUUGUAUCUUCUUUGUUCAUAGAUUUUGGUAAUCGAGAUGAUGUAAUGCAAUAAUUCUGUGUUCUGUUGACUUUAUAAAGUUAUUUAGCGGAUAU